AUGACUGAUAGUGAUGAUGAAGAACAGCCUGCUCCGAUUGUCAAUGAUCAUUCAAUGAUAACCAAAGGAAAAGAUGGCAUUCGAAAGCCUAAUCCAAGAUAUGCUCUUAUGUCUCAUAAGGUCUCAUAUCCUGAACCAAAAACAGUGGUUGCAGUGGCCUUAAAACAUCCAGGUUGGACAGGUGCAAUGGGAGAAGAGAUGUACACCUGCAAGGAAGUAAACACUUGGUCUCUAGUGCCUCCUGAACCCGAUAUGCAUGUUUUGGGAAGCAAAUGGGUUUUUCACACCAAGUUAAAUGUUGAUGGGACGUUAGACAAGCUGAAAGCACGCUUGGUGGCAAAAGGCUUUGACCAAGAAGAAGGAAUCGACUACUUUGAGACUUAUAGCCCUAUUGUUCGAACUCUUACAGAAUGGUGUUUCACGUUGCAGUCAGUAACAACUGGGAAUUAA